AUGUCUAACGCACUCCAGUGUCCUAUUAUCUCGGUCAACGUGGGGGUUUGGCGCUUCUGGUCGUUCGUCUUCAAGCAUGAUUACAUGCGCUACAUCAGCAUCAUCCCGGUGAGUGUGAUGAACGUUUUUAUGUUUGCCGACAUGUAUCGGGCCUGGGGGAAAAUCGACGAGCUGAUUAUCAAUGCCUACUUUGCCGUGCUGUUUUUUAAUGCUGUGCUGAGAACGCUGAUAUUGGUUCAUAAUCGCCAAACUUACGAAGGGUUUCUAGAAAGAAUUGCUACAACCUAUCAUGAAAUAUCGUUGAUUCGGGAUCCUGUCAUUGAAAAGCUUCUUACCGUUUACACUAAACGAGGUCGAAUGCUGUCCAUUUCGAACCUAGCCCUGGGGGCAAUUAUUAGCACCUGCUAUGUGGUUUAUCCGAUGUUUGCCAGCCAACGUGAGCUACCGUAUGGCAUGUUCAUCCCUGGUAUAAACAACUUUGCGUCACCCCUGUACGAAAUGCUAUACGUCAUCCAAGUAGUCCUGACUUUUCCUGGCUGCUGCAUGUAUAUUCCGUUCACAAGUUUUUUCGCCUCGGCUACUUUGUUCGGUAUGGUUCAAAUUCAGACGCUGCAACGCCAACUGAGAACGUUUGGAGAGGACAUCAAAGAGGGUGACACUAAAGCCAUCACCGAGCGAAUCACAAAGUUUAUCGAAGAUCAUAAGCGCAUCAUAACUUAUGUUUACGAACUCAACUCCCUGGUGACUUAUAUCUGUUUGAUUGAGUUUCUUUCCUUUGGUUUGAUGCUGUGCGCCUUGCUGUUUCUGUUAAAUAUCAUCGAAAAUCAAGCACAGAUAGUAAUAGUGGCCGCAUACAUAUUCAUGAUAAUUUCGCAAAUAUUUGCCUUCUAUUGGCAUGCAAAUGAAGUUCGGGUCGAAAGUAUGGCCCUGGCCGAUGCCGCCUUCAGCAGUCCCUGGAUGGAGCUGGACGAAUCGAAUAAGAAGAAAUUUCUGCUACUGAUUGGCCGGGCUCAGCGGCCCUUGGAAAUCACAGUGGGAAAUGUUUAUCCAAUGACUUUGGAAAUGUUCCAAUCGCUGCUGAAUGCGUCCUAUUCGUAUUUCACCCUGCUGAGGCGAGUUUAUAAUUAAAAACAUGGAAGCCCUAAGAUAAGCCGAGCAAAUUGAAGCCACAAAAACUCGAGUCUUCUCG